AUGAAACCUGUUCUCAUUGUCGGUGCUGGCAUUGUUGGGUUAACCCUCGGCCAAGCACUCAAGCAGAAAAACAUCCCCUUCGAGAUCUACGAACGCGAUGCGACCCCUGAGGCGCGAGGUCAAGGUUGGGCAAUUACUCUGCACUGGGCAUUGGAAUAUAUGUUCAAGAUGCUUUCGGAAGAGACACUGGCGCGUAUCCGAGAGGUCCAGGUUGAUCCAGACGUUGCGCGCAAUGACAACGGCAAUUUCCUGUUCAUUAAUCUUGAGAAUGGGGAGCCAAAAUACAAAAUCCCACCUAGUGUUCGAUGGCGUGUCAAUCGCGAGAAGAUGCGUCGGGCAUUGUUGCAGGGUAUUGAAGAUCACGUCCAUUGGGGCCGACGAGUGGUUGGAGUUGAUGUUUCACCAAUUGAGAGUGAAGUGAAGCUCUUAUUCGAAGGUGAAGCUUCUGUUAAAGGACGAAUCGUGGUUGGCGUUGAGGGAAGCCGAUCAAUCGUUCGACAGGUGCUUCGACCAGAUUCAUUCGACAACAUACCUCUUGGAAUCAACUUCACGGGGGUGGCAGUGGAUAUGACUGCUGACCAAAUAAAGCCGUUGCGCGAUAUGGAUCCUCUGUUGUUUCAGGGAUGCCAUCCUCCUACAGGUGCAUUCUUCUGGUUUUCCAUGUUGGAGACUCCGCAUGUGAAUGGAACUCUUGGGUCGCAUACAGAACGCUAUCGAGCUCAGAUCUGUAUGUCUUGGGUGGAAAGAGGACCAGAGGACAAGGUGGCUGGAACAGAUAAGGCGCGCUUGGAGAACAUGAAACGACGGGCCAAUGGAUUCGCCCCCUUUUUAAAGCAAGUAGUGGAUGAAAUCCCAAUAGACACACCGGUCACGGAGAUCAAAUUAGCAGACUGGGAAUGUCUUUCAUGGAACAACAAUAAUGGGCGUGUGACAUUGGCUGGGGAUGCGGCGCACGCAAUGACCAUGUAUCGAGGAGAGGCGGCUAAUCACGGAAUUCUCGACGCCUUCCAGUUGAUGCAAGGUAUUGAGAAACUGUAUAGUGGUGCUGUGACUGCUCAAACGGCCAUCGAUGAAUAUGAAGAGGAAAUGAGGACACGGACAAGUCGUGCUGUACGGUUAAGUCGUCAGGCAUGUCAAGACGCGCAUGAUUGGAGUCGACUGGACGAAUUUUCUGCUAUUUUAACUAGGAGAGCUGUUGUUGGCGAAUGA